AUGAAAUUAUAUAUACAUUCUGGAAAUGCUGUGGAAAUUUAUGAAUCUAAAUAAGGAGAAACUAUAGAUCAAUUAUAAAAAGCAUUAGGAAGUGAAAUAAUUUUCAAUAAUAGGUAAUGUAUCAAUAUUUAAAAGUAAGGACUAUUUUAAACACUUCAAUGUUGGUCAAUAGUUUUUUCAAUGAUAAUGAUGAUGUGAUUGUAUAGAAAGUGAAACCUAUACCAGUUUAAUAGAAUGUUUAAGUUGCUGCAUAAAAGCCUAUACAUUAUAACAAUAUAACAAAAUUUGCAUUUUGGGAUGCUGAUGAUAUGAAUGUUAGGUAAUUAUUGAAUAAUUAUACAAGAGUUGUAGUUGAAUUGAAAGAUAUAGCAAAACAUCCAUUAGAAAAGUUUUAAGCUAGAUUUUUUGAAAGAUCAUUUGAAAUUAAAAUUCAUGAUUAUUAAAAUAAGAAUUGGACAUUUGGAGUUGCUAGAACAUAAUGUAAAUUAGAUGCUGCAAAUAGUAAAUUCACACUCAAAGGUGAUAAGAUAUUGAUUACAUUAAGAAAGAUAAAGAAGGAAGAUAAUUGGUUUUCAAUUCACAAAUAAAAAACUAUAGGUGGUGAUGAUUCAGAUUGAG